AUUAUACGAACCCUGCGACUGAGUCCCAGUGGUCUCCGUCAGACAUUCACGUGCGUGUUGUUAUUUCUGUAUCGAUUUGUUAAUAAUAUUCAUUUAUGACACAUUCCCGUAUGGUUUUUGCAUUUUAUAAUUAGGUAAUUAUUACAUGAAACAUAUUAGAGGUAUGGGUAAUGUUUAGAAGGCUUCCUGCCGCGAUUUUAUAUAACUUUACGAAAUUAACCUGUAAAUCGAGGAGCAUGUCUGGAAACGUGAAAAUUGGAACGCACGAUGGUUGCUUCCACUGUGACGAGGCUCUCGCUUGUUUCCUGCUGAAAACUCUGCCCAGAUACAAAGAUGCAGUUAUCAUCAGAACGAGAGAUGACAACAUUUUGGACACUUGUGAUAUUGUAAUAGACGUUGGCAAGCAGUACGAUCCGGCCAGACAUCGUUACGAUCAUCACAUGAGAGAUUUCAAAGAAUCAGUGAGUACAGUAAUAAAGAAGCCGGGAUACGACUGCAAGAUAAAAUUGAGCAGCGCUGGAUUAAUUUAUUGCCACUUUGGUCACGAGAUUAUCAAACAGUUGAUUCCUGAAUUGAGCGACGACAAGGUAGAAAUAAUUUUUAAGAAGAUUUACGAUACUCUGAUCAAAGAAAUUGACGCUAUCGAUAAUGGGCUGCCAAUGUAUGACGGAGAGCCUGCAUAUCGAAUCGUCACUUGUUUAUCUGCGCGCGUGAGUUUUUUGAAUCCUCCAUGGAACAGUGAGGGUAUCGACGUUCAUAAACAAUUUCUGAAAGCUGUAGAGCUCACUGGUGAGGAAUUCAUAGAACACGUGAAGUAUGCAGCGGAUGUUUGGCUACCAGCACGCGUGAUCGUCGAGGACGCCAUUACAAAACGGUUCGAGACUGACCCUAGCGGAGAGAUCAUAGAAUUGUCACGCGGCGUGCCUUGGGCCGAGCACGUUUUCGCCAUCGAGAAGGAACAGAACAUACAGCCUUUAUUAAAAUACGUGAUUUGGAAGGACGAUAAUUACAGGGUCAGAUGCAUUCCUGUGGAGCCUGGCAGUUUCGUUUGCAGAUUGUUCAUGCCGGAGCCUUGGGCUGGUCUGCGGGACGAGCAGCUGGAGAACGCUUCUGGGAUCGAAGGAGCCCAAUUCGUCCACUCGAUACGAUUCAUCGGUGGCCAUUCGACCAAGGAAGGUGCCAUCGCCAUGGCGAAGAAAUCUCUGGAGCUCGGGAGAGCCACUUGAUAAUAAAUGUACUUAGA